AUGACAGCAAGUCUUCUAAGAACAGCCCUGGCUUUGCUCUUCCUUGGCCUCUUCGGGGUCCUGGAGGCGACAAUAUCAUGCAGAAAUGAAGACGGUGACGCUGUGGAUUGGUUUGCCUUUUAUAAAUUACCUAAAAGGCAAAACGAGGAAAGUAUGAAGACUGGGUUAGAAUACCUGUACCUGGACUCUACAACCAGAAGCUGGAGGAAGAGCAAGCAGCUGAUGAACAGCUCCAGGAGCGUUUUGGGAAGGACAUUAGAACAGCUGUAUGAAGCCUAUGCCUCCAAGAAUAACAACACCGCCUAUCUAGUGUACAAUGACGCAGUCCCUAAAUCUGUGAAUUACAGCAGAAAAUACGGACAUUCCAAAGGUUUGCUGCUGUGGAACAGAGUCCAAGGGUUCUGGCUGAUUCAUUCUAUUCCCCAGUUUCCUCCAAUCCCUGAAGAAGGCUAUGAUUAUCCACCCACAGGGAGACGAAAUGGACAAACUGGCAUCUGUGUAACUUUCAAGUAUAACCAGUAUGAAGCCAUAGACUCUCAGCUCUUGAUCUGCAACCCAAACAUCUAUAGCUGUUCCAUUCCGGCUAUGUUUCAGCAGGAGCUCAUUCACAUGCCCCAGCUGUGUGCCAGAUCCAGCUCAUCAGAGACCCCUGCCCGGCACCUGGCCACACUUCAGUCAGCUCAGGGGCAAAACUUCCUCCAUUUUGCAAAGUCUGAUUCUUUUAUUGAUGACAUUUUUGCAGCCUGGAUGGCUCAACAGUUGAAGGUACACUUGCUUACUGAAACCUGGCAGCGAAAGAGACAAGAGCUUUCUUCAAACUGUUCCCUUCCUUACCAUGUCUACAAUGUCAAAGCAAUUAAGAUAUCUGGACAAUCUUAUUUCAGUUCUUAUCAGGAUCAUGCCAAAUGGUGUGUUUCCCAAAAGGGCACCAAAAAUCGCUGGACAUGUAUUGGAGACCUAAAUCGGAGCCCAUAUCAAGCCUUCAGAAGUGGAGGAUUCAUUUGUUCCCAGAAUCGGCAUAUUUACCAAGCAUUUCGAGGAUUAAUUUUGUAUCAUGAGAACUGUAACUAA